CCCCUGUAGUACUACUGCACUUCCUCAUUGGCGGUAGCAAAGUACCCCACAACAGUCCAGCGACGUUUUUGACUGAAACAACACACAGUGUGUUUCGUUUAAUUUGAUCUCUGAGCCUCGCAGAUGUCGAAGCCUCCUCCCAAGCCGGCCAAGCCAGGCCAAGUCAAGGUGUUCAGAGCAUUGUUCAACUUUGACCCCAGAACGCCAGACGAGCUGUACUUUGAAGAAGGAGACGUCUUGUACAUCUCUGACACAAGUGACACUAAUUGGUGGAAGGGGACAUGCAGAGGAAGGACAGGACUAAUUCCAAGUAACUAUGUGGCUGAGCAGGCAGAGUCUAUUGACAAUCCAAUGCACGAAGCAGCCAAACGAGGCAAUCUGAGCUGGCUGAGGGAAUGUGUGGAGAACAAGGUUGGAAUCAACGGGCUGGACAAGGCUGGAAACACUGCCCUCUACUGGGGAUGCCACGGCGGACAUAAAGAUGUAGUGGAGCUGUUGCUAAGCCAGCCCAAUGUGGAGCUCAACCAGCAGAAUAAACUCGGGGACACCGCUCUGCACGCUGCUGCCUGGAAGGGUUAUUCUGACAUUGUGGAAAUGUUGCUGAACAACAAUCCGAGGACAGACAUCAGGAACAAUGAGAAUAAGCUGGCUCUGGAUAUGGCCACCAACGCCCAGUGUGCUUCACUUCUCAAAAGGAAGCAGGGAAGCAACAUCACCCGCACACACAGCAACGCUGAAGAGUAUUUGGACGACGAGGACUCAGACUGAGCCGGCCCUGUUGUCACUGUCUUCUGUUGGUUUAGGGGGGGGUCAGAGAGUUUUAUUAUAGACCUAAAAUGGAUUUGCCGCAACUGUAAUUCCAUUUUAGUUCUAUUAUUUGUGCAAAAACCUCGGUUCUCGGGCCCUGUGUGUCACGUUUUUGUGAAUUUCAAAGCAUUGAAUUAAUGCUUUUAACACUUUGCCAAGUGCAUUUCCACAUGUAGGGAAUUUGUCUUGGAGCAUCGGUUGCGCACUGUGGAGGGGCAGAAUAUAUAGUUGUGGAAAAUGGACCAACGCUCUAAGAAACACAUUCCAAACAUACAGAUUUACAAUGGGCAUUACAGCGCCAGUGCAGAUUAAAAUAUUCAUCUGGGGUGUGCCUGGUUAAGUUUUAAUGCUCCACUUUAAUUACUGAACAACUAAAACCACCCAAAAGGAAUUGGAAACACAUUGUCUCUUGCAGCUAUAUCACAACUAGGCACAAUUUAUAUCUGUUUCUGUACACCAUGGAGCCAAGGUAACGUGUAUUUGACGUUAAUAUUUCUCCUUAAAAUAGGAUGUGCUGAGGGAACCAAUGAGACAUUAUCUGCUCAAAUUAAGGGUGUAAAUAAUGUGCAUUCAUGGGUUAAAUAGGGGGACACUAACUGCCUGUCCUCCCCUUCCUUCAUGUCAUGAAACUCACCUGUUACUCUGUACUGCAUGUAGUUUGGUUUGUGUUUUAACAUUUCCCCUGCCAUUAAAGACCUUCUGCCAGUUCAGAGUAACGAAAAAGUCUCCCUGGUGUGAAACAGACAUUGAAUUAUAAUUUCAUCUUUCAAGCUUUUGAUGGUUUGAUUUCCAUCCUGGAUACAAUGUUUUGGUUUUAUUGCUGCUUUCCAACAAAUUCUUAAAAAAAAAAAAGCCUUAAAUAUGUGUAACAUAGCAAGUGUGUCAAUGUUUUUCCUCUUCUGAGGUAUGAAUUUUGAUUUUUGUUCUAGAUCUCUGCUCUGUGUCCAACCUGCAAUAAAAUAUUAACUUAAUGCCA